GGCUAAAGUGGUGUUCUGCCCAAAACAAGCAGAGUUCGUGCAGAAACACGAGUCUGGCCGUGAGACGGACAGACAGGAGGACAGACAGGAGGACAAACAGGAGGACAGACAGGCCGAUGGACCGACAGACGGACUGAACGGAGAGCAGCUGCAGGCCUACUGAUAGAGGCUGAUGAUGGACCACAAACCUGAGACCCAGAAAAUGACCACAUACCUGCCGGGCAGCCCCACCUCAGAGACCCAGAAACUGGCUCCGCCCCCAGGACCAGGAUGCAGCUGGCUGGUCGUCAUGGCGGCAGUGGCGGCGUCGCUCAGCGGCCUGAUGCUGGGCUACGAGAUGGGCCUGACGUCUGGCGUCCUGCUGCAGCUCCGAGGCGUCCUGUCGCUGUCCUGCCGGGAGCAGGAGCUGCUGGUCGGAUCCCACCUGCUGGGCGCUCUGCUCAUCUGCCUGGCCGGAGGUCCCGUCCUCGACCGCUACGGCCGCCGCUGCUCGCUGCUGCUGAGCGCCGCCCUGGUGGUGGGAGGAACCGUGGUGCUCGUGGCCGUCACCUCGCUGGCGGCGCUCACGCUGGGCCGGCUGAUCGUCGGCAUGGGGACCGCCCUGUCGGGGACGGCGGCGUGCCUCUACAUCGCAGAGAUCUCGCCGCAGGAGAGGCGGGGCCUGCUGGUGACGCUGUACGAGCUGAUGCUGGUGGUCGGCGUGAUGCUGGGCUUUGGCUGCAGCUACGCCUUCGCCUCGCUGCCCCGCGGCUGGGCGUACACCUUCGGACUGGUCGUCCCGCCAGCGCUGCUGCAGAUCGGAGCGCUGCUGUUCCUGCCGCUCAGCCCUCGCUUCCUGGUCGCCCAGGGUAGGGUGGAGCAGGCCAGGGCGGUGCUGGCCAGGCUGAGGGGUGGAGUCAGUGAGCAGGUGGAGGCGGAGUUGAGAGACAUCCAGGUGGGGCUGAAGGAGGAGUCAGAGCACAGCUUCUGGGAGCUGUUCAGCGGUAAAGCUAACCUGCGGCUACGCCUGCUAACAGGUGUAGCUCUGGUGUUCCUGCAGCAGGCGACCGGCCAGCCCAACAUCCUGUCCUACGCCUCGCCGCUCCUCCGCAGUGUCGGCUUCAACAGCGAUGCCGCCGCCACGCUGGCCUCCACCGGCUUCGGGGUGGUCAAAGUGGUGUUCACCGUCCCUGCCGUGCUGCUGGUCGACCGGGUCGGGCCCAAGAGCUUCCUGUGUGUGGGUGCCGUGGCCAUGGGGAUGUCUUUAGCCGCUCUGGGAACUCUGACUCUGCAGAGCCACACCCACCUGACCAGCCUCUGUAAGAGCCACACCCACCUGAACCACACCCACCUGCUCUGGGAUCUAAACAGAACCGCUCUGGACCAGGACGACCUGGAUCUUUACUCCAGUCAGCUCCCGCCUGAGUGGAUCAGCGAGGAGGCGGCGGGGACAGAGGACCAAUCAGGAGGAAGGACUCAUGUCGAGGUGUCGUCAUCACUGAAGUGGGCGUCGCUAAUCAGCCUGCUGCUGUACAUAGCGGCCUUCUCCAUCAGCCUGGGGCCAAUGGUGUAUGUGGUCCUCAGUGAGAUCUUUCCGAUGGGAGUUCGAGGUCGAGCUGUUUCUGUGGUGUCAGCUGUGAACUGGGCCACAAACCUUCUCAUCUCCAUGACCUUCCUCACCAUCACAGAGUUCCAGGUCCUUGAAGUCCGUAGAGAGAAGAUCGGCGUUCCCAACAUCAUGUUCCUCUACGCCGCCAUGAGCUUCGUUCUGCUGGUCUUCGUCAUCCUCUGCGUCCCGGAGACCAAAGGCCGAACUCUGGAGGAGAUCUCCAAAGAGCUGGCUAAGAAGAAGAACUUCCAGCUGAGGCUCUGCAGGAAGGUCCAGCCCAAAGAGGGUCUGAUCAGGACCAAGAGUCUAGCAGUGGUCUGAGUCAGGACGGACUUUUAUUAUCGCAGUAAAACAUCUUCAUCUUCAUCUUCAUCCACAGCUGGUCCUUGUCCUGCAGCUGCUUCCUUCAGUGUUUGUGGAUUCAUCAGAUUUAAACUCUCAGGGUCAGAACCAGGAUUACAUCAUGUAGAAUAAACACGCCGACAGCCACAACUCUAAAACCAGCUGCUGGACUCUGAAGGUCCUCUGAUUGGUCCAAAAAGUUUUUUCUGGGUAUGUUUUGCAUCUCUUUGCAGUUUCUUUGUGGUUGUUUUUGUCUCUUUUUGCUAAUUUUUUUUCAAUUAGUGGUCAUUUUGCGUCUCUUUGAGGUAAUUCGUUGUCCAUUUGUUAUGUUGCAUCUUUUUACGGUUUCUUUAUGGUUGUUUUUUGUCUCUUUGAAGUAAUGCUUCAUCUUUUUGUGUCUCUUUGCAGUCAUGUUUCGUCUUUGUGGUCAUUUCUGGUCUCUUUGUGGUUAUUGUGCGUCUCAUGAUGAUAUUUUUGCAUCUUUGCGGUUCCUUUGUGGUUAUUUUGUGUCAUGGUUUCUUUUGCAUCACUUGGUUUUUAUGUUUGUUCUCAUUUUUCUUCUUUCAGUUUUUUUUGUCGGUUUGUGGUCAUUUUGUAUUUUUGUUCGGUUCUAAUGACUUCAGACGCUACCAGUUCACCAAACGUUCUGCAGAUGUUCUGAUCCAGUCGUCUACAUCACAGUUUGUCUCUUGGAUCUGUUACUUGUUUUUACCUGCUGCCUCAUAGAGCCCCCUACUGGCUGUUGCCAUGGUAACCGGUGGUUUUAAUGUUGUGGCUCGGUGUGUUUUAUUCCAGAUUUUACUCCCCUGAAUGAAACUAAACCUACUUUAGUGUUUUCAUUAGUUUUUUCCAUUUUCAGCGAACUUUAUGCUGUAGAGACACUAAUUACCACUCAUUCCUGAUCCUUUCACAAUAAAAUCACCUCUUCAGGAACGAGAAUUGAAAACCUCAUCAGGUCUGUAGUGAGGUUUGGUAGAAAGUCUAACAGUAAAUUUUGUAGUCGGAAGUUUGAAAAGAUGUUUUUGUACUUGUGAUGCCAAAAUGUAUAUGAAUUUAUUAAUUAACACAAAGAGGAAUGUUUUAAAUCCUGCUGUGGACGAUCAGUUCAUGAUUAAAACGGCACUUUUUAGAUGUGUUUUAAUGAAAGCUGUAGAACUGCUGCUGCUGCUCUGAGAUCAAUGGACACAAAACACGCCGAGGCCUUUUCAUCGGACUUUAUUUUCAUACAAAAUACAAAAAAUUCAAGUGUCAUGAAGCUUCAGCUGCAUCGUCGAACGUGUUCUUCCUGUCACGGGUUAUUUACAUACGUGUCGUCUCCAUGAUGAUGCUGCUGCCGUUUCUCGUCACGUCUCUGCUGCAGCUCUGGACAGUUUUUACAUCCUGAUCCAAUAAAAAGCUUCUUUUUCUGAAUGUUAAUAAAGCAGCAGCUGUGUUCAGUGAAAGCC